CAAAACGGCUAUCUCCCUAAAAGCCUGAUAAAAGGUCUUUACAACUGCGCCCCAUUAUCACAAAAUAGCCAAAGCGUUGUCUACCUUUUUCUCUUCGACUUAUAAGUUAUAAUUUAUACUCUCUUUCUUUCCUAAUUACUUAUUAUUUCCUUCAAUAUAAGCUGAUUUUUUUCCCACUUCAAAAACUCUCAGAUUUUUCUUCUUGUCACUUCUGGGAAAUCGAAUCGCCCCCAAUUUCGCCCAUCUGAGUAAUUUUAUAUUUCUGGGUUUCGUCUUUUUUGGCUGAUUAAACUCUCAAUCCUGUAGAAAUAGUGUGAAAAUUUGGUGAAUUGUUGUAAGAGAGAUUGAGAGAUUUCUGGGUUCCUUUUGAAAUUUGAUAAUUUUUUUGCGGUUUGUGAUUAAUUCGAAAAAUCUACAACUUUUUUGUGAUGUCGACGAAAUUGAAUACUGCGCAAGAUUUAGCAGAGAAAAUGUUGUUGAUGGCUGAACAAGGAGGGCAUUAUUGCUCUAAGAAAACGGAUAAUUUGUGCAAAGAUUGUUGUUGUCAGCAGUCGAGCAAAUCAAGAAUAUCUAGACUAUGUUGUAUCAUUCGGGGGCUCGAUUUGAAGGCCUGCUUAUUUCUGUUCUUGAUCAUUCCGGCAUGCACCAUUGGUAUCUACUUACAUGGGCAGAAAAUCACCUACUUUCUGCGACCAUUGUGGGAGAAACCACCUAAACCAUUCAAUGUUAUUCCCCACUACUACAACGAAAAUGUGACUAUGGAACAUCUCUGUAAGCUUCACGGUUGGGGAGUUCGUGAGUAUCCAAGACGUGUUUAUGAUGCAGUUCUCUUCAGCAAUGAGGUUGACAUACUUAAUAUAAGAUGGCAAGAGUUGUACCCGUACAUAACACAGUUUGUCCUUCUGGAGUCCAACUCCACAUUCACGGGGUUGCCAAAGCCUCUAGUGUUUGCUGCCAAUAGAGAACAGUUCAAAUUUGUUGAGCCUCGUUUGACGUAUGGAACGAUAGGGGGUCGAUUCAUUAAGGGUGAGAAUCCAUUUGUUGAGGAAGCAUAUCAGCGUGUUGCAUUAGAUCAGCUCCUUAGAAUCGCGGGUAUUUCAGAUGAUGAUUUAUUGAUAAUGUCUGAUGUUGAUGAGAUACCAAGUAGGCACACCAUCAAUCUCUUGAGGUGGUGUGAUGACACACCUGAUGUCCUUCAUUUGCAACUCAAGAACUACUUGUACUCCUUUGAAUUUCUUGUGGAUAAUAACAGCUGGAGAGCUUCAAUCCACAAAUAUCAAACAGGGAAGACAAGGUAUGCCCAUUUUCGGCAAACUGAUGCACAAUUGGCUGAUGCUGGGUGGCAUUGCAGCUUUUGCUUCCGCCGAAUCAGUGAGUUUAUCUUCAAGAUGAAAGCUUACAGCCAUAGUGACAGAGUAAGAUUUUCUCACUUUUUGAAUCCCAAAAGAAUUCAAAGAGUAAUCUGCAAAGGGGCUGACUUGUUUGAUAUGUUACCUGAGGAAUACACAUUUAAGGCAAUUAUUGGGAAGAUGGGGCCUGUUCCUCAUUCUUACUCUGCAGUUCAUCUGCCAUCCUAUCUCUUGGAGAAUGCUGAUAAGUAUAAAUUCCUUUUGCCUGGGAAUUGCGUGAGAGAAAGUGAGUGAGAUUCUCGAGCAGGUUUUGGUUUACUCGUGCGGCUUGUUUGACCGUUUUAGAGUGGUGCUCUGAGAUACAUCUGACCAAAACAUUUUUUCUGUGAUGUUUGUUGAAUCACAUUGGUCAAUAUGGGAGUUAAUUGGGAAUUUAUGUACAUAUCUAAUCCCUGGGGCUCGGUUUUGUUAGAAAAUUGGUACAUAUCCAAUUCCCCCAUAGAGGAGCUUCCUUCUUCCUUCUUGUUGGAUCAUGCCUCGAAGAGCUGGCUAGCUUGGUAUGGCAUGACUAAUCUCAUAUACUCUUUAGAUAGAGAAAAUCCGAGACUGUUUCCUGCGAUAGACAGUUUUGUGUUGUUGUUAGACUAAUAUGUUCGUAUAUUCUUUCACCUCUGUCUUUGCUAUACAUUGUUCUAUGGAUUAUCCUGGCCUUCUCAUUUAAUUCAUUGAUUUUAUUUUAUGUUUUU